AACUGAAUCAUUUGAGUCAAUAAGAGUCGACUCGUUCAGCUCCCAAACGGCUCCUUUUUUUUGUUUGUUUUUUUUCUAAACCGGAAACAGUUCAAUAUAGGGACCCGUGAUUGUUGCUCUUUGCCUAACAAAAGCUGUAGAAACCGUUUCAUCAAAUCUUUCUAACUAACAAAGCGUUCCCGAAGGAACGACAUAGGGAUAGAAUCAUGCGAACAGAGAUCAGUGGGACAAAACUAGUUGAGUUGCUUGUAUUCCCUCAUUUCUAAGUGUCUUUUGAUAAAAAAAACCGUCAGCUAAAUUAAUAAAUGUAAAUGUAGUAUAAUAGUACAAGUCAAAAUUUCACCAUCUGAAGUGUUUUCCCAAGCCGACGCACAUUUAUUCGCUACUUUCAAUAAAAUGUUAAACGCAGAUACGCCUUGACACUGAGAGUACGGGUUACUGCAGGUCAUAGAUUUUGAGGUGUGGAUGGGGUCACGUUUGAUUUUUACAUCUCCUGAUUCGGAUACGCUGCAGUGCGCCGCACAAUCCCAGUCCUCUCGUUAGAUGUGCAGAGUGCCUGCGGUUGUGUUUUCUUUGUUAUGCACACCGAUUCCUAAAAGCAUCGUUUGGUGUGUGUAUAUAAAAACGUGUGUGUAUGCUAGCCUCGCACUAACGUGUUUACGUUCCCCAGAUUUCAGGGGAACAUUUUCCGAACCAUCCCUUUACAUUUCCACUUGUAUUUCACACUGGUCUUCUUCAAGCAACUCAGAUUCUGUGCCUCUCCACUCUUCCUCCAGACUCUGGGACCUUGAUUUCCAAAUGAAAUGCAAAAUUUACUUUGAUAAAUGUUUGAGAAAACUUUGCAAAAAAAAAAAUCAACUUUUCCACGAUAUUCUAACCUUUUUGAGAUGCACCUGUACACACAGAACAGAAUAUUGCUAAUAUUGUGUUUAGACUAGUUCCAAUAUUAAGUCCAAAAUGUGUUUUGAAUGCCUCAUAGUCUUUCUCCACAUCAUUACAUCAUUUUUUAGCUCUAACCAAUAAAAGGGCAGCACUGUUUAGGUCACAAUAACCGCGCAUUAUUUAUAAUAUAUAUGUAGUAUACAGUAUAUUCUUGUACAUCAUGUAUAUAGGACACAGCCACUGUUUCAUUAAAACUCGAUUCACGUAAUCGGUUACUUCAAAAGAUUCGAGUCACUUAAAUGAAUCAUUGAGUCAGUUGGAGGACGGAUCUACCACGCCCACCCGUGCUCGCGCUCUGCUAGUGCGCCGCCAUUGGUCGAAACUGUUAAAACGGUUCUUACGAACCAACCAUUGCGACAGAAAGUAGGGGGGAGGCGGUUUGACAAGACUCUUCAUGGAAAGAAGAGAUGACACUCAGAGACUGCUGAGAGCUAUCGAAAUCAGGAAAUUAGGACUUUGUUUUAAUAUUAAAUUUAAUACUGGGGCGACUUUUUCUUUUUAGUCGUAGAAUUAGGCGAAAAUGGCGUCCAGAGCGGCGUUCCCUGCUACACCGGGCGCCCCGGUGAUGAAUCCCGGGAUGAACUCUCCCGGCCACCCGCGGAUGGCAGCGAUGAAUCCGGCCUACCGAGCAAUGCCCAACCCGGCUAACCAGUAUCCGCGUCCUGGUGUCCCUCCUGGCCGUAACAUGCCCAUGGGAGGGAUGGGUUCCAUGGGUUCGCCGAUGCCCGGGCCGUCGUACGGCGGCACCAUGACCGUUCGUCCCGGCAUGCCCCAAACCGCCAUGGACCCGGCGCGCAAGAGACUCCUGCAGCAACAGCAUCAGCAGCAGGCGGGGGGGAUGAUGGGACCUCGGAGAGGGCUGAAACGGCGCAAAAUGGCCGACAAAGUUCUACCCCAGAGGAUCCGGGACCUGGUUCCUGAGUCUCAGGCCUACAUGGACCUUCUGGCAUUUGAGAGGAAGCUGGACCAAACCAUUGCUCGCAAGCGCAUGGAGAUCCAGGAGGCCAUCAAGAAGCCCAUCACGCAAAAGCGUAAGCUGAGGAUCUACAUCUCAAACACCUGCACACCUGCCAAACCUGAGGGGGAGGAGUCAGAGAAAGUGGCAUCAUGGGAGCUCAGAGUGGAGGGCAAACUCCUGGAGGAUCCUGGGAAACAGAAAAGAAAGUUUUCUUCCUUCUUCAAAAGUCUGGUCAUUGAGCUGGAUAAGGAGCUGUAUGGUCCAGACAACCACCUGGUGGAGUGGCACAGGAUGCCCACCACUCAGGAGACGGACGGCUUUCAGGUGAAGCGGCCCGGAGACGUGAGUGUGAAGUGCACACUGUUGCUCAUGCUGGACCAUCAGCCGCCGCAGUACAAACUGGACCCACGGUUAGCACGUCUCCUGGGUGUCCACACGCAGACCCGAGCCAGCAUCAUGCAGGCGCUCUGGCUCUACAUCAAAAACAACAAGCUGCAGGACUGCCACGAGAAAGAAUACAUCAACUGCAACCGCUACUUCCGACAGAUCUUCACCUGCUCCAGAAUGAGGUUCUCAGAGAUCCCCAUGAAGCUGGCGGGACUCCUGCAGCUCCCGGAUCCCAUCGUCAUCAACCACGUCAUCAGCGUGGACCCUAACGACCAAAAGAAGACGGCGUGCUUCGACAUCGACGUAGAAGUGGACGAUCCGCUGAAGAGCCAGAUGAGCAGCUUCCUGUCCUCCACCACCAACCAGCAGGAAAUCGCAGCCCUGGAGAUGAAGAUCCAUGAGACCAUUGAGUCGAUAAACCAGCUGAAAACGCAGCGGGACUUCAUGCUGAGCUUCAGCAACAACCCCCAGGACUUCAUCCAGGACUGGCUCAAGUCUCAGAGCCGAGACCUCAAGCUGAUGACUGACACUGCCGGGAACCCGGAGGAGGAGAGGAGGAGCGAGUUCUACCAGGCUCCCUGGAUCCAGGAGGCCGUGGGCCGCUACGUAUUCUCCAAGGUCCAGCAGAGGAGACAGGAGCUGGAGCAGGUCCUCGGUAUCCGCCUCACCUAAACCUCCGAGGAAACGGUUUGGGAUGGAGGCGUCGCUGCAAGUCUUCCAAUUAUUAUGCGUCUUUUUUUUUCUGCUUAAAAUUUGACGUGGGAUUUCCUCAGGUCACGGAUUUGUCGCUAUUUUCAAUUAUUUUCCAUAUUGUUCAGUUCACAUCCUAGUGUGUAUUUGCCUUUUCUUUGGUAUUGCAUACCAAAUUUGGAUUGUGUGUGUGUGUGGCCAUUUUGUUUCUAAGCCAUAACUGCCUUGUUUCAUAUUUUUGCCAAUGAGAUAAAAUGGAGGGUGGGAGUUUUAUACAGGUGUCUCUGAUUGAUUUAAGAGACUUAAUCCAAAAUGUAGUGUUUACAUUGUUUGCGUGUGUUUAGCAUCACUGUGCCAGACGUAAAAGUCUACAUACAUUUACAUGGACAACAAUAGUCCGAUAUGUACCCGAUUAAGACGAUACUCUGAUUAAGAAACUAGCAUGUAAACAGCGAUUUUUUUAUUACCUUAAUCCGAUUAAAGUCAUACUCGAAGUAAACACAAAUGGAUUUAAGACGUGUGGAGUAUUCCUGUUUUAAUCGCAUUAUCGACGUGCGUUACAGACACGUACACACCUUAAUCACACUGUUAACGUCGUGUGGGAGUUUUCACCGCAUUUUGCGACAGGACACGUACACACACGGCAGCGCUCAACCGUUUUACGGCAAACAAGAGAGCACGGCCGCGUCCCAAACCGCGUACUUACCUAUUAUAUAGUAGGUGAAAUACAUGUAUCUCAGCUACUAUAUAGUAGGUAAGUAUGUGGUUUGGGACGCAGCCCACGGCUUCAAACCGACGUCUAGUUGCACGUAUAUUGAAGCGUUCGUAAAAAUAAAAACACCCCAAACUGUAUACGUUCCCAUGACGAAGACGAACUGUAUGUCGAUACGUGAAAUUCUAGACGUCAGACGACGUGGCGUGGGGACGUAAUGACGUGUGCAGUUAAUUGAUCUAUGUUCUAUAACAUGUAAAACGGGAACAUGAAAGGAAUAUUCUAAAAGCGACUCAUGUAAACACCUUAAUCAGAAUAUUGUCUUAUUCAGAAUAAGGUCAAUAAUUAGAUUACUGCUGUCCAUGUAAACGUAGUCAGUGAGAGAACACGCACGUGUGUUUUUAUAAACAGCAGGUAGGAUCGUAAGCCAUUUCUAACUGAUGUCGGAUGGUCUUAAAUGUAAAAAGUCCGAUUGCUGUUCAUCUAAAAGAUCAGACGACGUUCCGGAUUUACAAAUCCGGAUCAUUCCGAUCAGAGAGCUGGAUUAGUUUAGCCGGAUGUUUAUGUCUCUACAGUGUAUAUAGAUAACCGCGUGCCUGGUACGAGCCCUAGGUAGAUCGAGACUUGAAACUUGAUCACUGAUUUGGAUAAAGAGAACGGUACGGAAGCCUGGAGAGGACAUUUUAAAGGUUUUUUUUUACUCUUGUGCACAAUCUUUAGUUUUAACGUGGUACUAAACCAGAGUCAGGAAAUCUGCUUCUUUAAUUUGAGCUCCGUUUGCUACGUCGGGUUUGAAAUCGAUACAAUCGUUCCCACGUUUUGGUUCAUUUUUUAUUUUUUGAAUAAAGUGCACGUCUUACAGUAAUGCACUGGAAACACAACACACGUUACGUCACGUUAAAACCAUAUCGAUUGCACCGUAUUCUACGAUAAAAAUGGCCGCGCUUUUUCGGAUCCAUCCUCCUGGCCUCAGCCGUGACCAGUUUCUCAGGCCCUGCUCAUCCCCAUGACUUGAUGCUACCACCACCACGCUUCACAGUGCGAGGACGAUGUUCUCAGUUUGAUGAGCAGCAUUGCAUUUCUCUCGCCAACUAACCGAAGCCUUCGAAUACUUUUCCAGAGCUUCGUCUUGGAGCUGUUUCGCCAGGUCCUUGGCCUUUAUGAUGCGGUUCGUUUAGGGGAGGGACUCCUCCAGAAACGGGCGUAUUUCUACUGAGAUCAUGUGACACGCUGCCGAUCUAACGAUGCAGCUCUUUCCAGUAAACAUUUCCUGAAAAUGUACUGGUAUUCUAAUAACUUUUUAUUUGUAAAUAAUUUUGUGUAAAUCGCUGACACCAUCCCAAUAAAGUCCAUUUCGGUUCUAUAUAACGUGGAAAAGUUACGGAAAAAAGGGGCAGGGGAUGGGGGGUGAAAACUUCUCUCCCUCUCUCCUUCUGCCGAGCCACACACGAUUUUAUGGAGAUACUAGAGAUCCUGAUCCGUUUCGGAUGUCCUACCUCUGGAUGGAGCUCAGAUCUUCUCCAAUUCCAGACUGCUGGGACUACGGCUGCUUCUAAGGCCAAACAGACUUCAUAUAAAUCCAUAAUGAACUUUUUCACACUAUCCGUUGUUACCCAGAUGAGGAUGGGUUCCCUUCUGAGUCGGGUUCCUCUCAAGGUUUCUUCCUCUUAAAACAUCUUAGGGAGUUUUUCCUCACCACCGUCACCACCGGCUCACUCAAUUGGGAUAAAUUCACACCUUUAAUAUCUGUAUACCGUGUUGAUAUAUUUCUGUAAAGCUGCUUUGAGACAAUGUCUAUUGAGGCUUAGCGGUUAGCACGUUCGCCUCACACCUCUAGGGUUGGGGGUUCGAUUCCCACCGUUGCCCUGUGUGUGUGUGUGGAGUUUGCAUGUUCUCCCCGUGCUGCGGGGGUUUCCUCCGGGUACUCCGGUUUCCUCCCCCAGUCAUGCAUGGUAGAAUGAUUGGCGUGUCUAAAGUGUCCGUAGUGUAUGAAUGGGUUUCUAUGAAUGAGUGUGUAUGUGAUUGUGCCCUGCAAUGGAUUGGCACCCUGUCCAGGGUGUACCCCGCCUUGUACCCGAUGCUCCCUGGGAUAGGCUCCAGGUUUCCCCGUGACCCUGAGGCAGGAUAAGCGGUAUAGAAGAGGGAUGGAUGGAUGGAUGAAUUGAAGUUAUGCACAGCACUGUAUAUCAUACAAGCGAAUACGUUAAUUAAAGACAUCCAUCCACAGUGCAGACUUGAGCUGUGUUCUUGUUCGUAUGAACCAAAGCGUGGAAAUGAUCGAUUUAAUUCGAGGACUCGCACGAUGUAAUGUUUACACUUAAUAUGCUUGCGCUUACCAGCUUGUUGCCUUGGUAACAAACCCGACAACGGCGCUUCUCAGCCAUAUUAAAGCCAUACUGUGUGUUUAGUUCAAGCGUGUUUGCUCUAGUUUCAACUUCAUACAUUCCGUGUGUGUGUGUGUGUGUGUGUAUGUAUAUAUAUAUAUAUAUAUAUAUAUAUAUAUAUAUAUAUAUAUAUAUAUAUGUAUAUGUAUGUGUGUGUGUGUAUAAACUUUGCGUUGUCAAAUAGACUCAGGAGGAGAGAUGAUGAUGAUCUGAACAUGGACGCUUUAAAGGGACGAUUUGGGCUAAAAUCAAAUUACUUUAAAUGCAAGUCCAAAGAAAUUCGCUGAUGUUGAACUAGCAAACUAUUUCGUUUAUGUAGGUAAUAUUUAUCUACUCCGUCGUGUCAAGGGCGCUAACUCGAUAUGUCGCUAUUUUAUAUUCAGCUAGUCUAAAGGUACAAGGAGAUCAAAUCCUCUACAUAGCUAUUUAUAUUUAGCUAACACACACACACACACACACACACACACACACAGAUAACCUACAGCGAAACAGUUAGUAUUAUUUAAAACAAUGACUUAACAUCGUGUUGGUUUUAAGAAGACAUUUCCGCAGUAGACGUGGACGACGUGACGAAAACGGUCGUCACGUUACGUUGAAUACGUAUUUAUGCCAUUUCCAAUAAAACAAUUUUUUUAAAAAAAAAAGACAGCUACAGGUUUUGCCCAGUGUUUCGAAAACAUUUUAAGUAUUCAAGAAAUAAAUAGUCGGAGAUGAAGCUUUGGGGCAAAAAUAGUUUUUAAUAGUGUUCACGUAGCGAGUUACAAAAGCACCGGAACUUGACGAGAACGACGUUGUGUAGAAAAGGUCAUAAGGAAAGCCGCAGGAAGUGGUGCUCAGAAAUGACUGCUUCCUGCCGUUCCUAUUUGUUCCUUCCUGCUGUAUUUUGUAUUUUCCAAAAUAUAAACAAACUAGUCACGUAAACCACAAACGCGUAAUCAAUGCGUAGCACGAGCACAGUGUGCGACUGCUAUUGUUGUUGUUGCUUGUGGGCGUGGCCUGUCCAGGGUCUUUUCAUUUCGUUUCGGUCCAUCGCUGACAUUUUAGCUGUGUGGAAAAUGUAUUUAAAUUUGAUUUUUGCCCUGAACAAUCCCUUUAAGUUCAUAACAGCCAUUAUUAAUAUUAUUAUUAUUAUUAUUAUUAUUAUUAUUGCUUUACAAGUAUUUUUAAAACCUGUCUGUGGCUUUAUUACAGUUAGUAUAACUUCCUGUGUUAAACGUGCCAUUGUCUUUCAAAUAAUUUUCCUUUUUUAUAACCUGUUUAUAAUCGAAAUAUUUCGAUUUUUAUAUGACAAAAAGAGCAUGUUCUGUUUUCUAGUUUUUGACUUGUGAUCUGUACUUUUUUUAAAAUACUUUUUAAAGCGAUCUUUUGUAUUUUUUCUCUUCCCCUUUUUGUACAAUAAAAUUGUACAAAGGCAUGGCGUUGUCCUUUGUGGAUC